AUGGCCGAGUCCUCCACAGAUGCCACAGAGGUUCGAUUCCUCGGCUUGCGAUCCUGGAUCUCGCAAGCCGUGGUGGCAUCCUUCGUGGCCGGCGGCGUGGCUGGGGCCGUCUCUCGCACAGUCGUAUCACCUCUGGAGCGUCUAAAAAUCCUGCUACAAGUACAGUCGAGUGGACGUACAGAAUACAAAAUGAGCAUACCAAAAGCUUUGGGCAAGAUUUGGAGAGAAGAGGGGUUCAAAGGCAUGAUGGCGGGCAAUGGCGUCAAUUGCAUACGGAUUGUGCCCUACAGCGCGGUGCAGUUUGGUAGUUACAACCUCUACAAACCGUACUUCGAGGCCACACCUGGCGAACCUCUCUCCCCUCUCCGCAGACUGUGCUGCGGUGCUGUCGCGGGCAUAACAUCCGUGACCGUCACCUACCCUCUCGACAUCGUCCGCACGCGACUUUCGAUCCAAUCUGCAUCAUUUGAGAGUCUCACCAGAGAACAGGCGGCCAAGAAGUUGCCCGGAAUGUGGUCAACAUUGAAGACCAUGUACACCACCGAAGGCGGUUUCACAGCUCUAUAUCGUGGGAUAGUACCCACGGUUGCUGGCGUGGCUCCCUAUGUCGGUCUGAACUUCAUGGUCUACGAGAGCGUACGACAAUAUUUCACCCCAGAAGGACAACAGAAUCCUUCUGCAGUUGGAAAACUAAGCGCUGGUGCCAUUUCAGGUGCUGUGGCGCAGACCAUCACUUAUCCUUUCGAUGUGCUUCGCCGUCGAUUCCAGAUCAACACCAUGUCUGGCAUGGGAUACCAAUACAAAUCGAUAUUCGACGCUGUUCGAACGAUCGCAGCUCAGGAAGGUUUCAGAGGACUAUAUAAAGGGAUAGUACCCAAUCUUCUGAAGGUCGCGCCGAGCAUGGCGAGCAGCUGGCUGAGUUUCGAGUUGACGAGGGACUUCUUCGUGAGUCUGAAACCGGAGGCUGUGCCCGCGGAUGAACCCAAAUAA